AGAAUUUAAGAGCUGUCUGUCUCUCCAAUUGCAACUUGCAAGCAACAGAUCCUUUUUAUUUCUCUAUGUUUUAAUUUAAUUUAAUUUUAAUUUUAAUUUUUGAGGAUGUGUGAGAAAAAGUGAGGAGAAGAGAAUGCAAUCAAGUAGGCUUGUGUGUUCCUCCAAUUCCUUGUUUGCUUCAGCCGUCACUGCUACUCUUCCCUCUCUCUCUCCGGCGCGUCUUAGAUUUCCUCCGUUGAUCGCUAAUUUAAAGUCGUCGUCUUCGAUCCGCUUUCAAACUCGUUCACCUCUUCGCGCCACUGCUUCGCCUAGUGACUCCACGCACGUUUCUGAAAUGGCUUCCAAUAAUGCUCAAGAUCAAGACCCACGCUUAGCCAGAAUCUCCUCUGCAAUUCGAGUCAUCCCUGACUUUCCUAAAUCAGGUAUCAUGUUUCAAGACAUAACCACGCUGCUUCUUGAUACGAAGGCUUUCAAAGACACCAUUGACUUGUUUGUUGAGAGGUACAGAGAUCAAAACAUUUCUGUGGUCGCAGGCAUUGAAGCAAGAGGCUUUAUAUUUGGCCCACCCAUUGCAUUAGCUAUUGGAGCAAAAUUUGUGCCCAUGAGGAAACCCAAUAAAUUGCCAGGGGAGGUUAUCUCAGAAGAGUAUUCUUUAGAGUAUGGAACGGACAAAAUGGAGAUGCAUGUAGGGGCUGUACAACCUGGAGAACGAGCCUUAGUCAUAGAUGAUCUUAUUGCCACUGGAGGAACAUUAUGUGCUGCAAUUAAGCUACUAGAACGUGUUGGGGUGGAUGUUGUGGAGUGCGCUUGUGUGAUUGAGUUACCGGAGUUAAAGGGGCGGGAAAGGCUGGGAGACAAGUCGCUAUUCGUCUUAGUUAAUGGAGCCUGAUCUUUGUCCUUGUUAUUGUUAUAGUUAUUGACAAUUUGAGCCGGCACUUGUUAGGAGCUAAUUGGUGACUGCUUACAUUUCCUCUAAGAUAUAAUUUGAUGGGAUUUGCUGCUGAAAGCUCGGGUGUUUGUGCGCUCAAGUCUGCUUAAUUAUUAUUAUUGUUAUUUUCUUUUCAAUUUCUGUGUUUUCCCUUUGAUUUAAAGUCGUAAUUUAUAUUAUUUGAUAUAGUAAAGCACCAAUAGAGAGCCCACACGGAUCUCUGUGUAACAUUACCCUAUUUUGGUACUAAGGUUUCGAGGAGUUAUGACUAUAAUAAAGGACUUGUUUGCCAUUUGGCAACCGAAGAGCCUAUGUUUAAGUUACUGAAAUGACAUGUAAUGAGCACAAUCACAUGUAAGGUAAGUUGGGGUUUCAACCUUUGCUAUUAGGUCGAUGUAUAACUAUAUUUUAUGCAAUGUAUGCUCACAUUUCCUU